UGGCGCUUGGAUUGAUCCUCUUGCUGUGUCUUUACGCCUGCAGGGUGCAAUUUGUUGUUUAGUUUCGGAAAUGGCGUUUUUCUGUGGUGGUCACUGAGGUCUCUCAGACGGUGACCUAAGUGUUUCGCGUGGUAGAUUUGUCGUCGAGAGCUGGCAUCGUCUCCUUCUUGCUCUGGGUUGUGACUGUACGCGCGGUACCUUGUCUUCGUGUGACCUUGUAGAAAUGGAAGGGAACCCUAGGGUGGUCUUGGUGUUUCGAAAGAGGGUUUAAGGGAGGGCUUCGUUUGAUUUCUAGUAGAAAAGUAAGCACGUGAUGAUUUAGGUGAAGUUGCGGUACUUCGCAGGAGCUCUUAGUAGUUCUUUUCCUCCCAAUUUGAUGUAGUAAUCCCGCCCCCGUUAUUGUUAACCUAAUUGCUUACAAUAACGACGAGUGCGCUGUAAUGCGACAUAGUUCUUAAUUCCGAUUGUGUUUGACGCAGUCUAUUCCGAUUUUGGGUGGGAUAGUGUAUUUUCUCCUUUGACGCACCACUGCCUGCAUCUUUAUCCUUCGUUAUGAAUUGGUGGGUGCAUCUUUUUUGUGUUAUUGUCUUCGUGUGCACUCUAUCUUCACUAGGUGCUCGUCGGGCAAGAUCGAUGCCCGACUCUCAAACCCAAUUUAGAGACCUGCAUAUGCGUCAGUUUUACGAAAGUUAGAUAUCCUUCUUUUUAGGGGAUUGAUUCGCUUUCAGGGUUUCAAUCUGUAGUUAUGAAUUUUGAGCAAAACAUCUGGAUUAGAACCAACUGACCGUCCUACAAUUCGAGCUCUUUUGUAUAUAUAUGGUAGGAUUCGAAUAUGUGACUUCCUUGGUAUCAUUGUGAUUUUGAAUGCUAAAUCUCGUGAAAGUUUCAAGGAUUUCCUAUUCAUGAGCAGCUAUUCCUGCGAUCAUUAGGAGGUUAGUUGCGUUAUGUGUGGAGGUUUUGGUUAUGUGGAGAAGCCACUCGGUUGAAACAAAGCCUCCACCGAAUUCAUGACGUCUACUUCGAUAAUGUAGCUAGUGAGGCUUGAGCUGAUGAACAGAGGAUCUGUAAAUAUUAGGGUGUUGCGGGAUGUCAGACUACGAGGAUGAUGAGAGUGUAUCGAGUGAAAGAGAUGAAAGAGAUGUAGGUGAAGACAGCGCAAAUGGUAGAGCUGAGGAAGAAUUUAGUGAUCUAGAGUUUGGGAGAGUCGGAGGUGAGGAAGAGCUUGUUUCAAGUGAGAGUGAUCCGGAAGUAGCAGCUGAGAGCGUGAGUGACAAAGAGAGAGGAAGAGAUGAUUCUGGAAAUGAGGGGGACGACUUUGAGGAGGACGUUAGGCAUACAUCGGUGUCAACCAAUUCUGGUCGUGUGAGAGUAGCGAAACAAGAGAUUGGAGAUGUAUCAGGGGAUGGAUCACAUGGCUCAGAUUAUGAAGAAGGGGUUGAGCUAGCAACCAACAGACAGGAGGCGUUCAGUGAUGAUGGCAGCCCUUCUGAACAAGAUGUUACUGAUCAGAAGGGACUUGAUGACGAGUUCGUGGAAGGGGAUAUUGGGAACAGAGAAGAUGUAGAUGAUCUGAAGGACGUAAGUGAGCUUGAGGCUGACGAUAAAGGUUCUGAUGAUGAUUAUCAGGUUGAGGAGGACUUCGAUGCCUCUGACGAAGAUGAAGGUGACUUACAAAUAGUGUAUGCUAAGGAGCUUCCAAAAACAAAUGCGCGGCGCUUUGGAGGUGUAAGGACCAAUGUUCAAUCAGUCCUUCGAAGGCCAGUAUCUAGACCAGUCAAGCGUGAGAAGUCCGUAGAACCAGAACCAGAAGAGUACGAAUUGGAAGAUGAAGAGGAAGAGGAUGAUGAAGAUCCUGCCGAUGAUCCUCAGGACUCGGACUUCGACCCCACGGAUGGGGGUUCCAGUCGUGGUGGAAGGCACGGUGCCGGCGCUGUUGAAGACAGUGAUGAACCUUCUGAGGAGGACUCGGAUGAGAGUCUGGAACUCUCAGAUGAUAGUGAUGAUGAUUAUGGAAAGAGGAGGGCCUCGCGCAAGCGCAAAACCACUCGAACGUCUCGAAUCAAUCACAACCGAACCCGAGUUAUUCCCACUCGAAGACUCAGAGUACAGGGCUUAUUCUCUAGCAGUGAUGAUGAAUCCUCUGCAAAAGACAGUGAACAAGACGAAAGUGACGAAGAUUCGAGCUAUGGUCGUCCGCAGCGCAAAGCAGGAACUUCAAAUAGCAGAAGAAGGCAGGAGACAUCGGGAUCACCUCGUAUCUCAAAAAGAGAUAGGGAUGCCUCUGCUAGGGAAGCCCGCACUCGUACGUCUAGUCGAACGCUUCCAAGGAAGUCGUAUGCAGAAGUCGAGGACAGUGAGGAUUCAGAGGACGAGCGAGAAAAGAAGCGUCUCAAGGUCGCAGCAGAGGAGCUAGAGGAGGAGGAGGACAGUGGUGAUGCCAUUGAAAGGGUUUUGUGGCAUCAACCUAUAGGGAUUGCUGAGGCAGAAGCCGCUGGUGGAAGUCGUGCAGAACCAUUUGUGCUUGAUACAGAUCCGCAUGCUGAACUCAACUGGGACGAUCAGGAAUUUUACAUAAAAUGGAAAGGCCAGUCAUAUCUACAUUGUCAAUGGAUGCUCUUAUCAGAGCUCGAACCGCUAAGUGGAUAUAAGAAAGUGCUAAAUUACAUGAAGAAGGUCGACGAGGAUAGAGAAAUUCGUCAGUCGCUCUCUCCAGAGGAGGCUGAACUACACGAUGUGAGCAAGGAGAUGGAGUUGGACCUUCUUAAACAGUACCUCCAGGUGGAACGGGUGUUUGCUGAUAGAAAUCGAAUGGACAAUGAUGAAGAGAUCAUAGAGUAUCUGGUCAAAUGGAAAGGACUGUCCUAUUGUGAUUCAACAUGGGAGAAAGACACGGAUAUCGCCUUCGCUCAGGCUCAGAUUGAUGAAUAUAAGGCCCGUGAAGCUGCCACAACUUUUCAAGGAAAGCUUGUAGAUGCUCAGAGACGAAAAGGCAAAGUUAGCAUGCGGAAAUUGGAAGAGCAGCCAGAAUGGCUGAAAGGUGGAACACUACGGGACUAUCAAUUGGAAGGAUUAAAUUUUUUGAUGAACAGUUGGAGGAACGACACCAAUGUUAUCCUUGCAGAUGAAAUGGGUCUUGGCAAGACAGUUCAGUCAGUCUCGAUGCUUGGAUUUUUGCAGAAUGCUCAACAAAUACCUGGACCUUUUUUGGUAGUUGUACCGCUUUCCACCAUCACAAAUUGGGCCAAAGAGUUUCGGAAAUGGUUACCGGAUAUGAAUGUAGUUGUUUAUGUUGGCAACCGAGCUAGUCGGGAGACAUGUCAACAACAUGAAUUUUAUACUGGGCGGAAGACUGGGCGGACCAUAAAGUUCAACACACUUUUAACUACAUAUGAAGUUGUACUGAAAGAUAAGGCCGUGUUAUCAAGGAUAAAAUGGUGUUAUCUGAUGGUUGACGAAGCCCACAGGCUGAAAAAUUGCGAAGCCUCUUUAUACACCACUCUACAAGAGUUCAGUACCAAAAACAAAGUACUGGUCACGGGAACACCGCUACAGAACAGUGUUGAGGAACUUUGGGCGCUUCUUCACUUUCUCGAUUCUGAUAAAUUCAAGAGCAAGGAACAAUUCACGGAGCACUACAAGAAUUUGAGUUCCUUCGAUGAAAAGGAGCUUGCAAAUCUCCACGCAGAGCUGCGACCUCACUUGUUGCGGAGAGUAAUUAAAGAUGUGGAAAAAUCAUUGCCACCCAAAAUUGAGCGCAUUUUGAGAGUGGAAAUGUCGCCUCUUCAAAAGCAGUAUUACAAAUGGAUCUUGGAGCGCAACUUCAAUGAUCUGAAUAAGGGCGUUCGCGUAAAUCAGGUUUCUUUGCUGAACAUAGUUGUGGAGCUCAAAAAGUGCUGUAAUCAUCCAUUUCUGUUUGAAAGUGCCGACCAUGGCUAUGGUGGAGAUGCGAACAUGAAUGAUAACAACAAAGUCCAGCGCAUUGUUCUAAGUAGCGGUAAACUUGCCAUUCUUGACAAGUUGUUGAUACGCCUGAAAGAAACAAACCAUCGUGUUCUUAUUUUCUCACAGAUGGUGAAGAUGUUAGAUAUCUUAGCGGAUUACAUGAGUUUGCGAGGGUUCCAGUUUCAGCGUUUAGAUGGUAGUACACGAUCAGACCUCAGACAUCAAGCUAUGGAGCACUUUAAUGCCCCUGGAAGUGAAGACUUCUGCUUCUUAUUGUCAACACGAGCUGGUGGUUUAGGCAUUAAUCUUGCCACUGCAGAUACUGUCAUUAUAUUCGAUUCGGAUUGGAAUCCUCAGAAUGAUCUACAGGCAAUGAGUAGAGCACAUCGUAUUGGGCAGCGGGAUGUUGUGAAUAUAUAUCGUUUUGUAAUUAGUCGGAGUGUUGAGGAGGAUAUUCUCGAGCGGGCGAAGAAGAAGAUGGUCUUGGAUCACCUGGUCAUUCAGAAGCUCAACGCACAGGGCAGACUGGAAAAGAAAGAAGCAAAGAAGGGAACAGGAUUUGAUAAGAACGAGCUCGCUGCUAUUUUGCGAUUUGGUGCCGAAGAAUUGUUUAAGGAUGAUAAGAAUGAGGAGGAUCAGAAGAACAAACUUGAGAACAUGGAUAUUGAUGAAAUUUUGGCCCGGGCUGAGAAAGUGGAGACUAAAUCGGCGGCCGAAGUGGACGCUGAGGGCAAUGAGCUCCUAGGUGCAUUCAAGGUUGCAAAUUUCAGCAAUACAGAAGAUGAUGCCACCUUCUGGAGCCGCUUGAUUCCUCAUGAUUCAUCGAGGCAAGCAGAAGCUGUCCCCAUACAGGACGUGUCAGGCCCACGCGUGGCAAGAACUGUGCGGAACUAUUCUGAAGAUUUUAGGUCUGAAAGGGAUGGGAAACGACGACGAGGUGAUGUUAAAGAGAAGGCUCCCAAAGUUGGAACCAAAGCUAGUAAAGAAUACGUGCCUCCAUCUGAAAUCGAGGGAGCUGCUGCUCGUGCUGCUGAGUGGCGAGGCGGUGUUCUUACAAAGAAAGAAGCCAAUUUGUUUAUCAAAGCGGUUAAAAGAUUUGGUGAUUCGAGUAGGAUGAAACUCAUUGCCAAGGAGGCAGGAGAACCAGUCUCAGAGACGUCCACUAGCUUGCAAUCUGAGUUAUGGGAUGUACUUGUCAAUGGUUGUAAAGAUGCGUUGCGCAGGGCAGGAGCUGAUAGUAAGGCCGCUGUUCUGGACUUUUUUGGAGUACCUGUCAAAGCACAAGAUGUGCUUGGUAGGAUCAAAGAAUUGACUCUGCUAGGAAAACGUAUAAAGCGUUUCAAAGACCCCGUUGCUCAAUUUCGGCUCAAGUCCCAUCCCAGAGUACCUUCUUGGUCGAAAGUAUGCGAGUGGAGCCAAGUUGAUGACGCAAGACUACUAUUGGGUGUUUAUUACCAUGGACUUGGUAAUUGGGAGAAGAUAAGACUGGAUGAAAAACUCUUUCUGUUCGAUAAAUUGGCUCCGCAAGGUGCUACUGCCGCUGAUACGUCCUUGCCUCGUUCAACGCAUCUUGAGGCUCGUGUAAAUGCUCUCUUACGGAAGGAACUUGAAGUUUCAGGUGAGAUGAAUGGGAAUGACGAGUCUGAAAGGCCUGCGAGGUCUAAAGGAGGACAUAAACGUGAUUGGUUGGAUGACAGCGCAAAAGAUAGGUCUGCUAAGCCAAGUUCAGGUUUAGGAAGGAAAAAUUCUGGAGGGUCCGGCCCACAGAAAAUUAGUGCUAGGGACCGAGCUGCAAAACGCUUUAGAACCGAUCAAGAUGUCAAGGAGGAAGGCGAAAUCUCGGGCACCGAUGAAGGUGGCGUACAGCCAUCGCGCGGACGUGGAAGGAAUAAGGACAAUACAGAGAGGCAGUCUAAAGAAGAGAAAUGGCAAUUCUGGUGUGCUCAAAUGAUGGAAGACCAGUCUCGUACACUGGGAAGUCUACAAAAGCUUCAAACGAAUUUCAGUUUACCUAAAGAAGAGGUUCUUCGAAGAGUGAAGACGUAUUUGCAGACUCUAGGCCGGAAAAUCGACUCCAUCCUAGCUGAAAAUGAAGCUAAUCCUAAUCCAGAUAGAAUGGCCACCAGACUUUGGAAUUAUGUGUCUACAUUUUCGAAUCUGACGGGGGAUAAACUAGCACAAAUAUAUAAGAAAUUGCGACAGGAACCUACGCAUGAACAUGCCAGAGGGACAUCCCAGGAUCCCAAUCACGGUAGUGCAGCUGGUCCUAGUGGAAGGGAUGAACAAAGCCACCUUACCAGUAACAGGAGACAAAAUCACGUUGGAAAUACAAGUGCGCAAGUAGGGGAGCCUAGUCGAGGGGAUUAUGAACCCUGGAAACGACGGCAGAGAGAGGACCCACCUGGAGGUCCCCCCAUUGGACCCCACAAUGCAACAGACCGUCGGAAAUGGGAUGGCAGACCUGGAAGUGUAGAUGGUUGGAGGAAUAGGGGUUCGCCUCUUGUUGGUGUUAACGGCAGUGGGUGGGGUUAUGAUAAGGAUCUUAGAGAAGAUAGGGGCCCAUGGGGGCCGCAUGAUCGGAGCCGAGAUUGGAAUAGGAGGGAUGUUAAUCGAAAUCCAAGACCUCAACCCAGGCCAACAGGGCCAUACGGGCAUGCACCCCCGGCUUUCACACAUUGAGAAGGGGUUGUUAAUUACCCUAUUGACAUUUUUCUUUCAAUGAAUAAGAAUUGUUUAGUUAUCAAUGA